UUCAACUUAAGCAAGUAUGUAAGAGUACGAAGGUCUUUGGUCUGAGAAGUAAACAAAGUAUAUAGAUGAUAUUGCUAAGAACUGGAGAUUAAAGUGAGAUGUAGAGCAGAAAAUCUGACGUUAGGCGUAGGAACCGUCAAAGCAGUCACUGAAAGACAUUAAGUUUGAACUACACAGUUGUAAAAUGACUUCCAGAGGCCAGGUGGAAACUGAGAAGUUGAAACAAAACUUGGAAGCACAGUUAGAAAGACUGGUGCAGCAGCUUGCUGAUCUAGAGGAAUGCAGGGACGAGCUGGAUGCCGCCGAGUACGAGGAGACGAAGGAGGAGACGAUGGAGCAGCUGCGAGAGUUCAAUGCAUCCCUCUCCAAGAUGAUUUCUGGAGACAUGACUCUCGUGGACGCACUUGCCUCCAUGCAGCUGGCGACCCAGGCGGCCAUCAGCUCGGCUUUCCGCACCCCCGAGGUAAUCCGGAUGUUCGCACGGCGCGAGCCCGCACAGCUGCGGCAGCGACUCCGAGAGAUUGAGUCGCGUGUGCCUGAGGCCACCGGUGAGAAGCGCGAGAUCCUGUCGGCACUGCGGCAGCUGGGGGAGCGGCUGUCGGCACAGGAGCUGCAGUUCUUGGCAGAGGCGGGAGCGCAGGGACCGCCGCCCCCGGCCGCCCGCCACCAGUUCGACCUGCUGCCGCAGGACGGCUCCGAUGGCAGCGAUUCGAGUCGACAGCGUGCCCUGGACAUGGUGGGCUCCGAAGUGCGGGCCGUCGCCAGGUCCUGAUGUUGCGACCCGGAAACCGUUUCUGGGAUGGCGUCACAGAGGGAGACGUGUUCAGUGACUGCCGCCGCCAGAUACGUCGAAUGCUGUGCCCCACUGUGCCGUCCUGUUCCUAAACAUUGGGAGGCAGCUGCAAAACCGGGAACUGGGCGGAUUCUUUUUAUUUGUACAAAAAUGUUCUGUCAGCACACAAGAUGUUGAGAGGGACCAAGAUAGCAGUCCCACACCAGGUGUCUGCAAUAAAGUAAUGGAAACCACCGA